AACAGCUGAAUGGAUAGAAGUGCAGUUUAACUGCUAAAUCAGAAGUGGAAUAAGACCUGCAACUAAAUGUUUCUGCACUUGAAAAGAGUUAUAUUGUGGUGAAGAGAAAGCAGUUGCUUUGUUAUGAUGAGGUUCUACACAAUUUCAACACAGAUCGUCAUGGGAAGGAAACAUGGAUUGUCAAAAUUUAUGAAUAACCGACCUUCAGCUAAUUCGCGAUACCAACCCACUGCCUAUGAACAUGCUGCCAACUGUUACACACAUGCAUUCCUCAUUUUUCCAGCAAUUGUCGGCAGCACAUUACUUCAUCGACUGUCGGAUGACCGAUGGAAGAAGAUCACAGCGUGGAUGUAUGGUGUGGGUCUGUGUGCACUGUUCAUCGUUUCAACAGUAUUCCACAUCAUCACAUGGAAGAAGAGUCAUUUAAGAACGAUGGAGCAAUGCUUCCACAUGUGUGACCGAAUUGUUAUCUACUUUUUCAUUGCAUCAUCUUAUGCACCAUGGUUAAAUCUCCGUGAGCUUGGGCCCUUGGCGUCUCAUAUGCGUUGGUUCAUUUGGAUCAUGGCAGCUGCUGGAACCAUCUAUGUCUUUUUAUACCAUGAACAGUAUAAGAUUAUUGAGCUGCUGUUUUACUUGACAAUGGGAUUUUCACCUGCUGUGGUGGUUGCAUCUAUGCCAAACACUGAUGGAAUCCAGGAGCUGGUAUGGGGUGGCAUGCUGUACUGCCUGGGAGUGGUAUUCUUCAAAAGUGACGGGAUAAUUCCUUUUGCCCAUGCAAUCUGGCACAUCUUUGUGGCUUUGGCUGCAGCAGUCCAUUACUAUGCGAUCUGGAAAUAUUUAUAUCGGAGUUCUGCAAUGUCUACAUGGAAGGACUUCUAACCUCCAGGCCAGCACCAUCGGUUGCAGUUAGUUUGUGUUAAUUAGUUUAUUUGAACAACAUAUUAACACACAGGACCAGGUUGCAGAAGAUGGAUGUGAGACACUGCGGGCUGUUCCAAUGGCACCCCAACUGUGAAUAAGCAGAGUCAGUCACAAGCUCAAGACUGAUGUGAAAUCUAACAGAUCCUCAGGCUGCUGCUGCUGCCCACUCGCUUUUUUCACCAUUUUCCCCUGAGAUUACAGGUUUUAACCUCGCAGUUGUCUUUCUUCCUGCUGUCUUAUCCCAACCAUCUUGACUUUUCUAUGAAAUUUCAAGAACUUCGUUUUGACUUGAUGGCACUGAAGUGAUCUCCAGGUUUUGACUGUACUGUUUUUUUUGUGAUUAGAAUAUACAUGAGGAUGAAUGGACUCGCUAAGGAACAGAUCUGCACUUUUUGUACAGUGACUUGAGGCCUUGUCGGCAUUCUACAGUUUAACAUGAACACCCACAGCAAUCUGAACUGAUACAUUCCAUUGGGUGGCAUUUUAUACCUCAGCUUUGCCAAAUUUUCUACUUACUCAGUGAUUCUGGGUGGUGCUCUGGUUGGAGUGGUACUUUCCUUUCACACUUACCAGUAAAGAAUUUAAUUAACAGUUACUGUAUUUCUGAAUAGCACUGCCUCAUCUGCUGUGAUAGAAGGCUAAUGAACAGAGCAUGUACCUACUCUUUCACCCUGCAUAGAGUGUGCACGGCCAUAUCCCAACAGUAUUGUUAGUCUGGUUCUGAUUAUUUCAGCAAUGCACUAAUGGUAAGGAAUACAACAACAAAAAAGCAGCACAUUUUGUUGGCCAUGCUACAGCAACCAGCAAACCACACUUCUUGCAGACAAAUGUUUGCGCAUUUGUUUCCACUUCGUGGCUGAUCAGAAGUCAAUCACCUGAAUCUGAGAGAUUCCAAAUACCUCAUUUUUGUAAAGGAGCAGCUAUUGUUCCCUCUGUCAAAUACUCUGCAGUUCUCAGCUUUUUUUUGCAUUCCCCUCUAAUGCUAAAUUGACCAUUCCAACAGCUGUUGCUCAGCAACUAUGACCACCAUCUUAAGACUGUGAAUUAAACUUAAUAACGGUUUACAUUUUGUCAAGACUUGAUUCUAUAUUCAAAUAUUAAUUUUUUAUGCAGCCAAUGCACACUUACAAUGGCCCUACUAACCUUCUCCCUUCACCUGCCUACCCGAGAUCUACAAACACAAAUAAAUGUAGGGGUCCAGCUGGGUUGUGGUUUCCACCAUGUGGAAAGAGCAGAUGACCAAUUCACAUCUUCCUAUGACAGCUUCUGUAAAAGAGUAAUGAAACACGACUGAUUUCCUGCAGGAGGGCACUGGGAUCUCUAUUCAAUAUCCACACAGCCAUUGAUUGUUGUCAGUACAGAGUAACCGGUUAACUUGGUGCUAGUGAUCAGUGAGAAUGAACCUGAUUUAGUGUUUCUGUUACAGUACUCACAGAUGAAUCAUAACUCAGUGGUAAUGUUUAGAUUUUAAAGGUGCUUUUAAGUCAAACAAAACAGAAAUUCAGGUGACAUUUUUGGUAAUCUCUUCAUUAAGCUCAGAUUCUCUGUAAUUCACGGGUGAUAGUAUUGUCAGGUUGGAAAUGGGAAGUGGUUGGAAGAUUGUGCCAACUUGCACUUGAUUCCACAGCAGGUGAUUAGAUGAUAUAGAGGAUGAGAGACACUGGCUUAAUGUUUUAACCAUGUGCUCCAUUGGUUACAAAAUAAUUAUAAGUAACAGUCCCCACUGAGUAAAAGGUGACGGAACGCAGCUAGUGUAUCACUGCAGGGAGAAGCAUUGUUCAGCAUUGUGUUUGACUGGGCCUCUGUAUGGAUUAUAGGGUUCAUUGUCACCACAGCUUCUCCUGCUCUGUGAUCAGUUUAUCUGUGUGUCAGAUACAUACAAAAUAACAGACAGACCAGACUAUACAAUCUAUAGCUUUUACCCAGCUUUGCUGUACAUGUAUAAAAGUUGUCCUUGAGAAGUCCUCUUGUCACAUGAGAGAAUAAUCCCCUCUCACUCAACCUGUGCUGCCCAUUUCUGUGCCAAGCAGUUUAAAUCCAGACUGGAGCUUGUUCCCCCAGUGUUUCUAGACCAGGGUUUAUACUGCAAUCUGGGAUGUUGUGAAGUUGUUGGUUUUAUUAUCACAGAAAGGGAGGGUCACCAUUAGCAUUGCAUCAACAAGGGUUAUGUCUCUACAUGUUUAUUUUGUGAUUCUCUGCGGACUGUGAUGGUUGGGGUUUUAAAUUGAUGCAUGCCAAGUUUUUUAGCCAGGGAAUCUAUAGCUUUUAAUAUUUCUGAUCCAGAUACUAUAUUCUCGAGUGUAAAACCUUUUCAGUGUUUACAAGCAACGAAUGCUGCUCCCACUGGUUAUCCCUAGCAUGCAAAUUGUCUGUGCUAUCUAAAACCACCUCUCCCCAUUUUAGGGAAAACUUGCAAAUCAUUUUUAUACUUGUGCAGGUCCGGGACCUGUGCACCUUUUGGGCUUUUACACUUUCUCGAGAACUUUGUUUUUUGUAACUAGCUUGAAUCUUGCCAAAACUAUGGAGUCAGGACUGCGCACAGCUCAUCAACACUAAUAAUGAGGUGAAGAGAAAAACCUGCCAUUCCUUGUCACUCCCAGCGAUGAAUUGCCAGAACAAUAUGCAACUCACUUUUGGCUCUGGUUUCUAGUUGACCUGUUUCCCUACUGCUCCCGAUAGAUUUGAGACAUUAGUUAACCCAGCAGUUUGAGAAAAUAUGACUUGGACAUUGGGGCUUGUCAGACUUUUAACCUGGACUGUUUCACAAAAUAUGUUCAGUGUUUAUAGAAUGGUAUCGUGCCAGGAGCUCUGGGUGGUUGAGAUAGGCAGUUUUCAGGCAAGUUUUUCCAAUGAGGCUUUGCCUCCACCUCUCAAACUGCUUUCCUUUUCAGUUCCCUAUCUGCCCACCUGCUGAGCACCUGUCUCAUCUUGAACAAUACAGUCCCAAGUCAGCUGUCAUACAGAGAAUAAAACUCCUGCUUUUCUGGUGGAGUAGCCUGUAACAACUGACCUGGGACAGCUGAUAUACUGUGUUACGGUCGUCUGGAUCUUGACAAAGUCUGAAAGUUGCAGAAACUAUUUUCUCAAACUGUCCAGCAGCCUCACUGUGCACAGUGCUUCCUGGGAUAGGCUGCAUAGCCUCCUGACUCUUUUGGCAGAGUCACCUGGAUAAUUCCAAACUCAAGUAAUCCAUCAGAUUGACAUUUCACCAUGUCUCCUAAAUGGUUAACAGGACACUCGGGCGGAGGGAACAGGCAUCUUUGUAGCUUCACUGCUGCUGAGCAUUUUAAAAUAAUUUCUAUUCUGAGGCUCAAUCUCAUCUGAAAUAUUUGAUCUAUUGAAAUAGAUUCCAAAUACUGUUUGAAAAAUAAAUUAAUAUUUAGAGUAUGCAUUGAUGUGACAGGAAAUAUAGUACCAAGCCUUUUGCUGGGAGUGUGCUGUAUAUUUUAUGUGUGUGUACUCUGUAUCUGAAUGAACCAGACUACGGUUAAAUAAAG